AUGGGGAACCCUCCGGCUACCAUUAUCAUCGCCAGACACGGCGCGCGUCUCGAUGCCGCCGACAAAAACUGGCAUCUCACCUCCCCGACUCCCUACGAUCCUCCUCUUUCCUACGGUGGCUGGAUGCAGUCUCGAGCCCUCGGGGCUCGCAUCAUUGACCUACUCACCUCCCAAGAUGAUUCUCCCCUGAAUACAACCACCGCCACUGGCUCGCCCCGGUCCUAUAGCAGUUCCGCAAAUGUCUCCCCGGACAGCAGCGCCCGAUCGUCUCCCCAACCAUUUUCACCCAAACGGAAGCGCAGAAUCAUUAUCCAUACGUCACCGUACCUGCGUUGUCUGCAGACUGCGAUCGCCGUUAGCUCUGGCAUCAGCCAGUAUCAUCCAUCCCCGGGAUCCGACCCUGCAGGCGCAUCGACCGGUCCGGAUGGAAAUGCUGAUACAAAACUGGAUGGCCAUCGCUCACUCCUUCGUGUAGACGCAUUUCUUGGCGAGUGGCUGUCGCCCGACUAUUUUGAAGACAUCACGCCGCCUCCUAAUUCCGAACGUCUCAUCGGAGCCGCCAAAGCAGAGUUGUUGCGACGGAGCGUCAACAUGGUUCCCCAAGCGGAUAUCAGCAACAAACCACCGACCGGCUAUUUCCCCGGGGGCUGGGGCAGCACCUCCACACCUACAUCCCCUAUCCGAGAAGCAGGCCCUCCACCGACCAAAAUCGCCAGAGGUCAGAGGUCUCGCGCCGACAGUUAUGACGCCUUGAACUCCGCCCACAGUACUCGUCCCCAGGGUCUGCUCAGCAGGAUCAAUACCAACCUCUCCUCCAUCCCUGAUGACAAUGCCGGAAGCUAUGUGCCACCCACCCCGAGCUAUGCCAUCGCUCCUUCGGAUCCCAUCCCCGCCGGCUAUGUCACACACGCCCGGAAUGCCUGCGCCAACGUGGACUAUCAGUGGGAUAGCAUGCGCGCGCCGCAAAGCUGGGGUGAUGGCGGUAACUAUGGCGAGGAAUGGAGCGCCAUGCACGCGCGCUUUCGCAACGGCUUGGAGAGCAUGAUCGAGUGGUAUCAAGACAACGGCAACAUACAGUUUCCACGGCAGCCGCCGGACGGCUGCGAGACAAAUAACGACAAGAACGAGGGUGACGGUGACGAUGCGGUGGACACUGUAUUGGUCUUGAUCACGCAUGGCGCUGGCUGCAAUGCGAUGGUUGGGGCUUUGACAGGAGAGCCUGUGUUGCUGGAUUUCAACACGGCAUCUCUCACCAUGGCAAAACGCAAAGACGCUUCUGUGGACGCGCCGGGUGUGAAAACCCGUUACCGGUCCGCGAGCGAUCCAUCCUGCCUCCUGGGGUACGACCUGAAACUGGCCGCAUCGGUUGAUCAUCUGCGUCCCCCGGCAAAGCACCCCACGCGGGGUGGUUCAUCGACCUUAUCAUCACCGGUCACUUUGUCUUCUCCGUGGGUGCCUUCUUACCGCCAUCGGGCGACGUCCCGGUCGCAAGGGCAGUUUAUCAUCGGACCAUCGACACCGGGUCUCAGCUCACAGUCGUUGGCGAACGGGCGACCAUCAACCGCCCCACGCGGCGCAUCGGGCCUCUGGGGGUCAAAUUCGACCAGCGGCGACGAUUCCGCUGACGACAUUGUGCCCAAUUUUGGUGGCCCGGUAGUGUCCAAUCCAUCCGCGGAUGGGGAAGAAAGCGUUGAGCACAAGUCUGAAGGAGCGUCAGCGAGCUGGGGGAACAAUCAAGUCCCCCAACGGACUUUGUCUCAACGCGGCCUCUGGGGUAGUGCUCCGUUAAAAACCGAUCGGACCGAUGUCAAACGGCGCUGGACGGUGACCGAACAAAGGGUAUGA